AUGCACUCAUACCCUACUUAAAAUAGCUAUAGCAUAGUGUAUUAAUAUGCAGCUAUUAUUUCAAUAGGAUCUCUAGUUUUUGGAUUUUUUAUAGGCGUUUUUAAUUCAAUAUAGGCAUACGAAGUUUACUAUAACGAUUUAUAAAAUGACCCCAGCUAAAAAAGUAUUUUUGUAGGAUUGUGCAAUUCUUUAUUAGCUAUUGGAGCUAUAAUUGGUUCUUUACUAGCUCUUUUUUUCUAGAAAGUGGGUUUGUCUUAUAAGUUUCAAUCAAGUGCUAUGGAUAUUGUUGGUAUUUUAUCAUGUGCCAUUAUGAUUAUUGACCUCUACCCAAUUUACAUUUAUAUUGGAAGGAUACUUUGUGGGAUAUAUACAGGAGUUUAAACUGCCAUUUGUGUGAUUUAUAUUAAAGAGGUAUCGCCAAGUGAAGUAGUUGGUAAAGCUGGAACAUUUAAUCAGCUUUUUGUAACCAUAGGAUUAGCAAUAAGCUUUACUUUAAGCUUUUUUAUACCAUAGCAAUUUGAUUUUGAAGAACUUGGAAAUAUCUCAAAUAAAUAGAUGAAUAAUUACAUAUAAAAUUACAAGCUGAGAGUUUAGUUAAUUUAGUUAAUUCCUAUGCUCUUUAUGCUACUUAGAAUUAUAUUAAUGAGAAAAAUAAAAUUAAAUCCACCUUAAUACAAUAUUAAGGAAUACGAAACUUAUUUCACUAAAAUAUACCACACAGAAAAUGAAAUGCAAAUUAAAAUAAAGGAAAUUAAAGAUAUGUAGCAAUUCAGAAAUUUGCAAAGUGCUAGCAUUUAUCAUAGCCAAAGUAGCAAUUUAGCAACUUCAUCCUUUUGGAAAAGAUUUGCUGUGGGAUUCAUACUUAGUGGAAGUCUCUAAUUCACUGGGAUAAAUAUCAUAAUUUUCUACUCAAAUGAUAUAUUUUAAAAGAUGGGAAGUGGAGAAUCAGCAAAAGUCUACACUUUGAUCUUAGGAAUAUUGCAGACCGUAUUCACUUUAAUUUCGACUAAAUACAUAGAAAGAUAUGGCCGAAAGUUGAUGCUGCUGCUAGGAGAAGUACUAAUCAUAAUUGGAUUAGUAGUUGUAACUAUUUCAAGUCAUUAAAAUUUAGGUCUACUUAGUUUAUUUGCUAUUUUAACGCAUUUAUUAGGAUUUUCUAUUUCUUUUGGGCCAGUUGUUUGGGUGUACAUAGUUGAAAUUUUAGAAGAAAAAUAUGUAUUUUUUAUGAGUCUUAACAGUUGGUUGUUUACAAUAUUCAUAGGUCUUGGAGUUCCAUUUUUGAUGAGUAUAUUCAAUCUUUUUACUAUAUUCCUAAUAUUUAGUAUGAUUAACGUUCUAAUUUUAGUGUUUCUUAUAUUCUUCAUUAUCGAAACAAAAGGCAAGACAUUUAAUCAAAUAUAGAAUGAAUAUUACUAAAUUAAUAACACAGAUAUAAAUAAUGUUCCUCAUAUGGAACUGUAAUGA